AUGUAUACUAUUUCAAGGAAAAGACCAGGUCGCCCAGUAAUAAUCUCACUUUGUUGCGUGGUUAUAGUCUUGAUUAUUGAAACAUACUUUGCAUUAAGGCUAUAUGAAACAAAAAUUUCAGAUCCUCAACCGCAACGAAAAGCAAGCUUUUACACUGCAGGGAAGCUGAUAAUCUUUCCACUGUCGUUUCUGACACUGAAGAAGGAAGCAAAAUUGUACUACAACAAAUACUUUAACUCAAAACUUACUGCACGGGAUUCAAUUAUUGUUAAUGUACCAGAGAAUCCAAUAAUUCCCGAUUUAGAGUUUAAGCACCAUACAUUUGAUAUCUAUGAGACAAAAGGAGAAGUUUUAAGAAGUAGAGAGAAUAGUCAUGAGAAAACACAGGACAAAAUGAAGUGCGAGCUGAUUGUUAGAACAAUUGAUGUGAAAGUCAGCGAAGCGGAAAAUAGAAACUGCGACUUGCGCAAGAUCUUGCGGCAGUUUGUAAACUCUAAUAGCACUUAUUAUCGCGAGUUAGAACAAUUGAUUCCAGACUUGACUCUGCAAUUAGACGACGACACUAUUGCAGAGCAUUGGUUUCAGUUAAUUGGAAGCUCAGUUUGGCUUCGAGAGUAUGGAGUGCAUUUAUUAACUUCGCGAAUUGUUUACUCAAAGACUGGUGAUAAGGACAGGCCGGUAGUCUCAUUAACGUAUGUUCAAAUUUUUGACCAACAUUGGCAAGAGUUGGAAAAUGCAGAACUAAUAGUUCCUGUUGUAGAGCAAAAAGAAAAGAGAAAGAUUUUGACAAAGCAGUCGAAAAGUAUAACCUACAAAAUUAUGCUGUACCCUUCAUUUGCCUUUGUUCCAAUUUAUUAUAAUACAAAACGUCACAGACCGGUGUUUUAUGGUAGUGAAGAUCCUCGUCUUAUACUAGUUAAGAACUCUUUAGGGUUUGAAGAGCCAAUCAUCAACUACAACUUGUUUCACAAAACAAUAGCGCGUAUAAAGAAGCCAAACGACAAAAGUGAAACAAAAGCUACUGGGGAAAUAAAUUUUGAAGAAGUGGAAGUGGCCGAAUUUUACAGAAGUAUGUAUUUAGGUUGGUUAUGGAGGACACAAACGGGUAAAGGCAACGUUGACCCCACUGAUACCAAAAACAAGGAACACCAAUACAUUAAAACAAAAGAGCUCAUGUUGCCCAACGGGAAGCGAACUAAAACUGAGAAAAACUGGAGUCCGUUUAUAAGUUAUACAGAUAGACUUCAAAGUGGGAAAGAUGAGCAUAUCUAUUUUAUUUACCAAUAUAAGGAUUUACGAAUCUUGAAAUGUUCAUUUGAAAGUGAUCUUUGUGAGUGGACUUUUCAGCUAACCGAUUCACCAAAUAUUAGUCAAUUACGCGGUGGGACCCAGCUCAUGAGCAUUACUCAAUUUCUUGAUGAGAAUUUGGAAAACAAUUACUCAAGUAUGAGGAAAAUUAAAAAGUCUAUAUGGGCAAAUUUUUCAAAACAAUUAGCUAAAAGUCAAGUAGAUGAGGUAUGGAUUGGCGUGCCACGCACGGCAUUACGACGUUGUGGGUGCGGUGAGAAGCUUUACCGUCCACAUAUUGUCACACUAGCUAGGGUCAAGAACACUUUUGCAUUAACCCAAGUCUCAAGCAGCACUGAUUUUGACAUUGAUGUUUUGAGCUGGAGUGGCGACGCAGAUCACAAAUGUGUUGGUAAUAAUCUCAUUCUUCCUAAUGGGAUAUCUCAUUGGCAAGUGGAUUAUGAUGAUCGUAUUGCACAAGAAGAUGUUCUCACUUUGUCAUUCUCUCGAGCAGAUAUUACGGUGGAUAUCAUUUAUAUUAGAGGUGUGUUAAAAAAUAUUCUUCCACUGCUCACCGAAGUUGUGAAAAAUUGGAAACAUAAAGCUGAAUUUUCAAAUCAAUUAAUUUAUUGUGCAAUAGAGGGAGCAUUUGAGUAUUGCAGAAAGUAUAAGGAGAAUGUUUAUAGUGAUUGGAAGAGCAAAGCUCCUGAAAAAUUGUGA